AUGGAGGUAAAGAAAGAACCGUUUGAUACUUUUUCUGACGACAAGACUAAUAUUCACCAAGAUUCUUUCAAUAUGAUUCUAAAUAACAUUAAAGAGGAAACACCGGAUUAUCCAUUCGAAAUGGAAACAAUUCCACCUGCAUAUUUCUUAACAAAAAUACAAAGCAAGCCGAAUAUAGAUUCUACAGCUCAAAAUAUUCCAAAUGAAAUUGAAAAAGUUAAAGCUGAUGAGUACUUUGUUAGUACAACUGAUUUAGCAAAUAUACAAAUGGACAUGGCCGAAGUUGAUACUAAAGUUAAAACUGAACCAUUAAAUCAAGACAUUGAUUCACCAAACCUAAAUGAAGAAUGUGAUUUACCUACAAUAAAAGUUGAAGUUACUAAUUUUGAAUAUUUAGAUGAAAUAGAACCUUCGAAUUGUGAGACUAAGCAAAGGUCUCUAUCAAAAUUUGUUAAAAGCCCAGGUACCGUUUUUAAGAAGAAGAAAUUUCCAUGCCCAAUUUGUCAGAAAAGUUUUUUGGUACCAUCCAGAAGAAAGAGUCAUUUAAUGUCUCAUUUUGGAAAGAAUCGUUAUGUUAUUUGUCAUUUUUGUGGUAAAAUAUUUAAAACACUGGUUCAAUAUAUAAUGCACCACAGAAAUUAUAAAGUUAAGGGACGACCCAAUUUAACCACAUUAAAUGAAUCAAUUUUUUCUUGUAAAAUUUGUCCUUUACAAUUUGAUUCCAAAAGAAAUUUGGCAGAUCAUUUUAAAAUACAUUACAGUAAGCCUUAUGAAUGCAAGCUCUGCUUUAAGCAGUAUAGUGUUAAAUCUACAUUGAAAAGGCAUCUAGCAGCACUGCAUAGUCUAUUAAAACCAUUUAAGUGUGAAAUUUGUUUUAGAGAAUUUGCUUUAUCUUGUCAGUAUAAGUCUCACAUGGUGUAUCAUACUUUUGGUAAACAAUUCACAUGUGAUAUCUGCUCCAAAGGAUUUUAUCAAAAGAGUAGUCUAUUGAGACAUAGAAUAGUACACGAAGGAAUCAAGUUUAAAUGUCACCUUUGUUCAAAGGAAUAUACUAGAAAAGUAACACUAGAAUCCCAUAUGAGGUUGCACUCUGGAGAACAUGAAUUUAAGUGUCACAUUUGUAUAAUAGAAAAAAAAUUUACAUCUAAAGGUGCCUUAAGACUACACCUUAUGAAUCAUGCAGGGGAGAAGCCUCACAAAUGUGAUAUUUGUGGACAGAGAUUUUUAGAAAGACAGAAAUUACUGAAACAUCUAAAAACACAUGAGAAAGCUCAAAACAACUGUGAAUUUUGCAGUGCAUCAUUCCUAUACAAAAUCAGACUUCAAAGACAUCUGUUAACUGAGCAUGGUGAAAAUCCAUUCAAAUGUAUCAAAUGUGAAGAGAAAUUUGUUACACAAAGAGAACUGAAUUUACACAUGUCUGUACAUGUUGAAUUGAAAAUCUAUGAGUGUGAACUCUGUGCAAAAAGGUUUACCAAAAGGGCAGCGUAUGUUAGACAUCUAGGAGGCCAUGGACAAAGUCCAUUUGGAUGUGGUAUCUGUACUGAAACAUUUUCAUCUGAAAGGGGACUGCGUGAGCAUUAUACAGUCCAUCCAGGAGAGAAGCCCUUUCAUUGUGAUGUGUGUUUAAAAGGUUUUCAUCACAAAAGAUCUUUACAUAAGCAUAUUUGUGAGGGAAAACCUGUAGGUACUUAG